UGAAUCAAUCCGCGGAGGGAGGAACAUUCCUAAGUGGAGUACAUCGCCCGUGACGCAGUAAUCGACAGUAUCUUGCACUUGGCUUUAACCCUGGGGGUAUAAAAGAAAAUAGUUGGCUCAUUUGGCUCCUCGGCAAACCGUUAACACCAGUCAGCAGGAAACAAGGUGAAGGUGUAGAGACUUUCAGUGACUAUGGACAGUUUCCAGCCUAAUUAUCAACAGGAAAUAUUCAAUUUUUUGGAUGAGGACAACGGUGAUUACUGUGAGAAUUACAAGCGUGAUAAUCUGAAUCACAUCUGUCCGCUGCACCGAGAUCAAAAAUGAAAGUGCUAUCACUUUGUUUCAUCUUUAUUUCUAACGUGUUUGCAGAAAACACCUUCUCUCAGCACCAUUUUCAAAGACAGAAUGCACUGGACAGUUUCAAGGCAAAAGAAGCUCCCUCGGACGUCAGGCAAACCAAAUCCCGGCUGCAAUGUUCCGUCCUAUGUUCCCAGGACGAUCAGUGUGCUGCUGUGACCUACUACGAUGGCCAAUGCUUCAGGUACAGCUCCUCAGUAUCAGACUCUGGUAUCUCACUCCCGGGAGCAACAACAUUCAACAAGGAAGCAGGGGGAUGUCCUGAGUCUCAGGGCUAUACGUUAGUCCAGUCACUACAACUGUGUUACAAGCUGUACACUAAUCCCUGGUUGAACUGGAGAGACAGCCAGACCCGAUGUGAGAGUGAUGGCGGACGUCUCAUUAUACUUAACACUGAACAGAAGCACGACUAUAUCGGAGAUUUAAUGACGCGUACGUCUUCGACAUAUGGUGCCCUGGUGGGUCUGGAGGUGUACAGUGAGACUUCGUAUGCGUGGACCGACGGGUCAACCUUCAUCCGCUCUGGGGGAACGAGCAGCCCGUUCUACAAAGGAUACAAGGCUUGUGCAUACAUGCAUAAAGCGACACUUAAAACAACGGUCUACACAAACGCUGGUUGGUCCUUGUGUGAAGUCGUUCUGUAAAGGUGUGAUCCACAUGGGUCCAGGGUACCAUGACGUCGACAGUUUCGUUGCCUGUUCCUUAAACUUUAAACUAAUCGCCGAAAG